UGUCCAAACUGACAAUGCUCGUGCGAUGAAGAUAGCGCUGCUGCAGCUUCUGAGCUCAAGGAGGACGCGAGGAAUCUACAAGCCGACAAGAUGAGAUCCAAGGCGAGAGCUAGAAAACUGGCCAAAAAUGACAGUGAAGCUCUAGACCGCAUAUACGACACAGAACCUAAUCUCAUGACUGGCGAGAGUGCGGAAGAGGAAACAGAAGACAGCAUCAUGUCCCCCAUUGCAGUUGGGCCCAUGUCCCCUCAUCCCUGCAAUGAGGAAUUUACUCCUAAAGAAGGCUCACCCUACGAGGUGCCAGUCUACAUUCCAGAUGAUAUUCCUAUCCCUUCUGACCUGGAACUCAGAGAAUCAUCUGUUCCAGGGGCUGGCCUUGGAAUCUGGGCCAAAGCCAAAAUUCAGAUGGGAGAACGCUUUGGACCAUACAACGGACUGCAGAGCACCACCGUUAAAGACACUUAUGAAUGGGAGCAAAUGCUGGAUGAUCACAAAGAAUCUUCUCAUGACAGCUGUAUUAAAAAGGUAAUGGACAACAUAGCCAAUGUGAAGUUCUGUUUGGGUGGAGCCCUGGAGUUCAGCAGUUGCUGGCUUAAAUAUGUACGCACAGCCCUUUCUGACCAAAAGCAAAACCUGGCUGUGUGUCAUAUAAAUGAAGAUCAGAUAUAUUAUAAAGCUAUUAAAGAAAUUGAAAUAGGGGAGGAGUUACUGGUUUACAUGAACGAAGAAGCUUUUCCAGGGGGCACAAUGGCACCAAAUUUGGAAGAUGAACAGAUGUACCGCUGUGAGCACUGUGACGAGCUUUUCACUUCAAAGCUGGAGUUACGGCAACAUCAGAAAUAUUCCUGCAAUAGCUGCAACUCCAUUUUUGAUUCGCUAAGUGAAGACUUCAAACAGGAGCAUGAGGACAGCGAUGAGCCGGUGCAUGAGUGCAAAGACUGUGAAAAGAUCUUUCCUAGCGAGUACAGUCUUGGGCAGCAUAUGAUUGUACACACCGAGGAGAGAGAGUAUAAGUGUGACCAGUGUCCCAAGGCCUUCAACUGGAAAUCCAACCUCAUUCGCCAUCAGAUGUCACAUGACAGUGGCAAGCGCUUUGAGUGUGAAAACUGUGAUAAGGUGUUCACAGACCCUAGCAACCUCCAGCGCCACAUCCGUUCUCAGCAUGUCGGUGCCCGAGCCCAUACCUGCCCUGAAUGUGGCAAGACCUUUGCCACGUCCUCGGGACUCAAGCAGCACAAGCACAUACACAGCAGUGUCAAGCCUUUCAUCUGUGAGGUGUGUCACAAAUCAUAUACCCAGUUCUCUAACCUGUGCCGUCACAAGCGGAUGCAUGCAGACUGCCGCACACAGAUCAAGUGUAAAGACUGUGGGCAAAUGUUCAGUACUACCUCCUCCCUCAACAAACAUCGGCGCUUUUGCGAGGGGAAGAACCAUUAUAAUCCCGGAGGCAUAUUCACACCGGGCAUACCAAUUACCUCCAGUCAUAUCCUAGGCAAGUCCAAGUCUCAUCAUGGCCUGAACCAUACUGGACUUGGCUUUGGUGAUUACUUCCCAUCCAGGCCCCAUCAUGCAGGGCUGCCCUUUUCCCCAGCACCCUCUGCAUUCCCAGCUAUUUCUCAUAGCUUUCAAGGGAUAUUUCCUUCCUCACUGUAUACUAGACCGCCAUUGUUACCUCCAAGUCCACUUCUAAAGAGUCCACAUAGUAAUUGUCAAGAAGGAAAGCUACAUACACUUGAUGCCCCUGCUUUUUCUUUUGCGUCAUCAAUGAACAAUAGCAAUGGCAAUGUAGGAAGUGCUCUCACCAGCCAGUCAGAAGAGAAUCGAGAGUCCAAACUGGAGUUGUCAAUCCCAGACAACAAAAAUAAAAUCAAGAUUAAUGACAUGUCUGACGGCAGUGACCUGGAUGAUGUUAAUACUUCCAGCGGCACAGAUCUAGACACAACCACAGUGUCUGGCUCAGAUCUUGAUAGUGAGGCUGAAAGCGAACAGCACAAGAGCAGAAGAAAAACUGUGCAGGAGAGCAAGGAGAAUGAGGUUCGCAGAAGUUCAGUGUCAGUCUGCAGCUCAGGAAACCCUUUCCCCUCCACCCAGCAUUCCUUUUUCCAGCCACCACAAGAGCAAGCACUUCCACCUUCUGGUGCCACCACAGACUCCAUUAAAGCCAUCGCCUCUAUUGCAGAAAAGUAUUUUGGCUCAGGCUUUAUUGGCUUGCAGGAGAAGAAGUUGGGCUCCUUAAACUACCAUUCCAUGUUCCCAUUCCAGUUUCUUCCUAACUUCCCACAUUCAUUGUACCCAUUUACAGACAGAGCUCUAAAUCCUGGCAUGUUAUUCAAACCUGAUCCUAAAUCCCCUCGUGAACACACACAGAAAAUCCCUACAGCCACUGGUGCAGAUUCACCAUUUGACCUAACCACCAAACCCAAGGAGGUCAAACCUCUUCUUCCUCCUACUGUUAAAGCAGGCUUGACAUGCAAAGCACUUCUGAUCUCCAACGAACAACCCCUCGACCUCAGUAUAGGCACUCGAAGUCGAGCCAGUCAGAAUGAUGGCACACCUGAACAUCACAAGAAUCAAGUCUAUGGCACAAACUGCAAAGCAGCAUCUACAAAUGAACACAUAGCAUUAACUACGUCCCAGAGCUUGCACCAGUCCCAAAUCCCUCAGCUGAAAGCACCCCACCCUCAGCCGACUACUCCACAUCAGCAGACAUCACUCCACUAUGCCAAGCCUUCUCCUUUUUUUAUGGACCCCAUCUACAGGGUGGAGAAGAGGAAGCUAAUAGACCCAGUAGGGGCUCUAAAGGACAAGUACCUGAGGCCUGCACCACUACUUUUCCAUCCUCAGGUGUCUGCAAUGGAAAACAUGACCGAGAAGCUAGAUAGUUUUAGGACUCUGAAACUGGAUGCUUCCAGUUCCCUCCAGCAUACUUCACACCCCCUUUUUAACUUCCGUUCCCCACCGCCCUCUCUCUCUGAGGCAAUCUUGCGCAAAGGCAAGGAGCGAUACACCUGCAGGUACUGUGGGAAAAUCUUUCCGAGGUCAGCUAAUCUUACAAGGCACUUACGAACACACACUGGAGAGCAACCCUACAGGUGUAAAUACUGUGACCGUUCAUUCAGCAUCUCCUCCAACCUACAACGACAUGUUAGAAACAUUCAUAACAAGGAAAAGCCUUUCAAGUGUCACCUCUGCAAUCGCUGCUUCGGUCAACAGACCAAUCUGGACCGGCAUUUGAAGAAACAUGAACAUGAAAAUAUUCCAGUGAGUCAGCAGUCUGGGAUUCACUCAAAUUUAGGAAUAAAUCUUUCCUCACCAAACUCUGAGUCUGACAAUCAUGCCCUUUUAGAUGAAAAGGAGGACUCAUACUUUUCAGAAAUUAGAAAUUUCAUCUCAAAUAGUGAGCUGAACCAAGCCUGUACCUCCUCAGAGAAAAGGGCAGAGCCAGCAGAGGACAAUUCUCACGCAGCCUCCAAACAAGAUGAAGAAGAAGAGGAGAUGGAGGGAGAUGAUGAAGAAGAGGAUGGUUCUUUAACUGAAAAGUCACAAGACGAGACUGCUUCUCUAGUCACUAUGGUGCAGGGCACUUAUGAGGAUGACGAAGAUGCAGCAUCACUCCCUAUGUCUUACGAACAUACGCGCAGGCUUAUGCAAUGAUGCUCUCUCUAUCUGAAAACAACAACCUGCAUACAUCCUCACAGAACUCUUUGGAUUCUUGGCUCAACAUGGGAGGGUGCUCAUCGGAAACAAGCUCCUUUCACCCCCUCAACAACAUCU